AUGCUCGAGAUUAAGGAAACACUGACAACCAUGCACAUCCCUUGCGAGCCGAACCGAGAAACGGACUGCGUACAUAACCGUUUCGAGGUCCCUACGUAUCUCCGGAGCCCAAGAUCCAAUACCAAUGAAGUUAAUAAGAGAUCACCUGGGAAGCACCAGCUUUCAAAUAGAAAAAGAAUCAUCAAAAAUCGCCCCACUCAAUCGAACGUUCUGAGAUUGUGCGAGCCAGCAAUAGGAAGA